GUCAAAAUAAAAUGAUAAAAUGGUUUUGCAUGAUUAUCAUCAUUAAACAAUUAUUUGCUGAUGAUUUCCAUGUUACUAUAGAGGAAAUAGAAGAAGAAAUCAGUAUUAUCUAAUUCUAUUCAGAUAGAUAAAAAGAAGAUUUACUAUGGGUCUACAGUGAGAAUAGAACAUUAAAGUUCAGAAUAUUUUCUCCAUUCACAUUUAGUGUCUUAUGGAAGUGGUUCAGGAUAGUAAUCUGUUACAGGAAUGUAGGCUGAUCAUGAUUAUAACAGCUUAUGGACGAUAAAAGAGUGUCACAAUCAACCACUUAAAAAAUAUGGUAUUUAAUACGUGUAUUGUUUAUAGAUGAUCAAAUAAAAUGUGGAGAUUGCAUAAGAUUAGAACAUAUGCUCACAUUUAGAAAUUUACAUUCUCAUCCUCAUCAAGCUCCUUUUUCUGGAAACUAAGAAGUUUCUGCAUAUGGAGAUAAUGGAAAUGGAGAUUCAAGUGAUAAAAUUUUAAUAUUAUGAUUAGGUGAUGAUUGGAUAUUGGAAUGUAUUGAUAAUAAGAAUGGAGAUGAUUUUUAAGCAUCAAUGUGGUUUUAUUUGAAACAUAAAAUAACAUCAAAAUACUUAAGAACUAAUAAAAAAGAUAAUUUCAAUUAACGAAAUUGUGGAUAUCAUUGUCCAAUAGAAGGUUAACUUGAAAUAAGUGCCUAAGUAGCUAAAAAUGCAGAUGCUAAAUGGAAAAUUUAUUCAGGAUUAUUUUAUCAGCAACCUUAAAGAAUUGAAGAUGAUUAUGAUUAAGAUGGUAGUAGACAUUGUAAUUCUUAUGGUUAAUGUGAUGAUAUAGAUGAUGAUGAAUUUGAGACUGUUGUAUAAAAAGACUUGUGA